AUGUUAUUCUCAGUGUUGUUCAAAACGGAGCCCGAGGGAUCGAGUCGAUUCGAGUUCUCGUAUUAUGAUGUCACACUGAAAAAGAUUGACGUUCAAUCCGUCGGAAAUCAAAUUGAGAUUCCGGAAACGCCAAAAGUGUUGGGGAGUUGUCGAGAGAAUAAUCGCAAAAUUUUGAGGGUUAAGAAAAUUAUUUUUUUUUCAAUUUUAGAUUCGCACUACAAACGACACAAUAAUCUUCAAAAUCGACGACCAGUCAUUCGUCGACCCUUUGAUUCCUCCCUCCACAAAGUUCGGAUUCUGAUCCCCCAAAGUGUCGCCUGCUGCCUCAUCCGUGCUCUUUUCCUGAGCAACGCCGAUCUCGAUGCCUACACAUCUGUAUCCACAAGAUUCGUGACGUCCUCACGAAUAGCUUCUAAACGACUUCUAGAAGUUUUUGACCUCUCUUCAACUCCGCCUCCAAUCGCCACAUCGGCAACUCCUCCUACAACGGAUCCCAACAAAUGGAGCAAAUUCACUCUCGGCAAGAAUCCAACAGUUUCCAGUACACCGCUGAACCGAAACCCGAAAGCUCAUGGACCCAUGCGGUGA